AUGCGGCUGCACGCGUUCGCUGUCGCCGCCGCGUGCCUGAUGCUCUUGCACGCAACGGCUGCCCUUGAAUCAACCGAUGCACCGGCGUAUCCAUCGUACACCACAACGAAGAAAGCCUACACCACAACAACGGAGGCACCCGCUUACACGACAACCAAGGCCUACACCACCACGACGGAAGCACCUGCCUACACAACCACAAAGGCCUACACCACCACGACGGAAGCACCUGCCUACACAACCACAAAGGCCUACACCACCACGACGGAGGCACCUGCCUACACAACGACCAAGGCCUACACCACAACAACGGAGGCGCCGUCCUACACCACGGAGAAGAACCCAUAUGCUCCCAAGACCACGACCGAGGCCCCGUCCUACACCACCACAAAGGCAUACACCACAACCACGGAGGCACCGUCCUACACCACCACCACCACCACCAAGGCAUACACGACCAAGCCUCCCGCCUACACCACGGAAGCGCCCGUCUACACCACGGAGGCCCCAGCUUACACGACACAGCCACCUGCAUACACCACCCAGUCUCCACAGUACACCACCCAGCCUCCUCAGUACACCACCCAGCCUCCAGCUUACACCACCCAGCCCCCGCAGUACACCACCCAGCCCCCGCAGUACACCACCCAGCCCCCGCAGUACACCACCCAGCCCCCGCAGUACACCACCCAGCCACCACAGUACACCACCCAGCCACCGGCCUACACCACCCAGCCCCCGCAGUACACCACCCAGCAUCCCGCUUACACCACGCGGCCCGCCUACCCUGUCUACACGACCCAACCACCCGCAUACACGACACAGCCACCCCAGUACACGACACAGCCACCCGCAUACACCACCCAGCCUCCGCAGUACACCACCCAGCCUCCGCAGUACACCACCCAGCCUCCGCAGUACACCACGCAGCCACCUGUCUACACCACCCAGCCACCUGUGUACACCACUCAGCCCCCCAAGUACACCACGCAGCCACCUGCCUACACGACGACCACCAAGUGCAACAACGCCUACGGCGGCUGCGAUGACGUGGCGCAGGGCGAUCCCAGCGGCAACACGGACUCGUCCAGCUCCGGCGCCAACGGAUCUGGCCUCUCCGCCGGUGCCAUUGCAGGCAUCGUUGUUGGCGCGCUGCUGCUUGUCGGCGUUGUUGUUGGCGGCGCCUUCUACGCCAAGAAGAAGGCCGACGCGUCCAACUAA